AUGGACACCACACAGGAACGGGAACGUCAUACGACGAACUCCAUUGCGGAGCAGGAGCUCUUCUUCCCCCAGUCAUCGGGGUCUCACAACCAAGGCCAGUCACAAUCUGGGCACCAGUCACAGCCUCGAUGGUACGAUAACACCAACAACGACUCGCCCAUAGAACCAAGAAGCGGAGUCCCCGCUGUCAACAUCAUCCCAGCCACGCCUACAACCAUUCGCUCCAACAGUGUGCGCUCAAACGCAUCCUAUGGAGAGUAUGUUGAGCACAAGCAGCAGAUGCCCGGCGCGCUUCCGGAGGUGACGGAGGAGGACAACAUCUAUGAUCCGCCAAGCAUCAAGAGCCCCUCGCCGCCACUUGGCGAGUCCAAGGGCCCAGCCCAUAACACGGCGCCUACUUUUGACGAGCAGAACAAGUCGAAAGUGGACGAGGUACACUAUGUCUCCCCCAUGACCGAGCCUGCCGUGUUACACCAAGACACUGGGUUAAGUCAAUCAAAUGGACAGCCUUCUUCACUCGACAAGGGUAAAGCCGCCGAGACGUAUCCAGAGGAAUACUAUGAUGCGGCGUACUCUCACGACGACAACCAAGCUACCCCAUUCAACCAUGGCAAGGCGUUUGAGCCGCAUCCGGAGCAUGCCGCUCUGCAUCAUCAUACAGAACACGCAGACAACACAGGCCUCCCUUCAUCGUUUGACAAAGACAAAGCUGCCGAAGAGCAUCCAGAGCACAACGCGCUGCAUCAAAACAUAGCGCACUCAGACCACAAUGAUCAUCCAACGUCAUUUGACAAGGGCAAAGCUGUUGAGGCUCAUCAGCAUUACGAGGAACGGCCAGCGCUGCCUGGCCCAAGACCUGUAUCUACAGAAGUCCCUGACUAUUAUGCCCAAGAGCGCGGGGGUUAUGGGUUGGAUCCCGCCAUUCAAGAGCAGGAAGACCGCGACUAUGCCAUGGCACUCGCUCUUCAGGAGGAGGAAGAGACCCAGGCGCCUCCCCUUCCCCAACGCCCUACCCAACCUGCAUGGAGCAGCAACGGGCCUUUGUCGUCCAACCCUUUCUCAUCGCCCGAAGACCAGGAUUUUGCCUUUGCGCAACGUCUUCAGGCAGAAGAAUCCGGACAGGCACCACCCCUACCGGCCCGUCCUCACCCCAAAGCCGUUGCAGAGCUGCUCGCACAGAACCCAAUGUCGCCCCCGUUCUCCAGAACGCCCUCGAUAGAGGGCAUCGCGCCUCCUCCCAAGCGCCAAGGCUCGGACUUUGGCAACGACGACCCUUCCCACCCCAUCCACUACUCUCGAGACCCUCACAAGCUCAUCACGUAUCUGGUCCCCUUCCCUAAGCCCUGGCUCGGGGCCAAGGCGCCCACCGAUGCCAUCCCCACGCGCUUCCUCAUCUACACGCCCCCGCCCCCGCCGCUACAGGCACCGCCCGAGGGCGUCAAGGAGGGCGUCACGCACAAGGUGCAGCGGAAGUGGCAGAACGAGGUGCGGCAGGCCAAGCUGAGCGACGCAAAGACGACGAGCUGGGCGGGGUUCAAGGCGAAGUGCACUCGCGGUGUGGACAAGGCUAUGCAGUAUACCACCACGAGCAACUUGGAUUACCUUGCGAGGGUUACGCCUCCGCCAAAGCCCCCUUCGGCCAUCUCCCGCAAGCUGUCGCUCAAGGGCAAGGGAAAGAAGGAAAAGAAAGACAAGGCCGUCGAAGUCGACGAGAAGGACAACAAGGAGAAGAACGUCGAGGAGAAGAAGGACGAGGCGUCCGAGAACAAGGAAGACACGGAGAAACUCAUCAAUGACGAGAAGAAGAAUCCCGAAGGUAACGACCUCGAUGAGAAGGCGAGAGAGGAGAAGCUUGCCGAGGAGCAAGGUGACAAGGACGAGGAGGAUCACUUCAAGGCUAAGGAGAGCAAUGAACACGAUGACUUGAUGGAAGAUGACCCGGCUCACACGUCGCACGAGACGAAGAAGACAGUCGGGGUCGAAGAGAUUGUCUUUGUGUACUCACCAUCAAUGAACAUGACGCCCGAGGCCAUGAGGGAGGAGUUCAUCAACUCGAUGCUGCGCACAAAGUCCAAGGCACAGCGGGACGCCAUCAUCGCUACGGGGCUGUUACCUGUAUCGCUGGCGAUCGAUACCAUCAUGAUUGCCGUCUCUGGACUCUUUGAAGUUAAUGCCGUAUGGGCGUACUUCACCAUCAAGGGUUCCAAGACAGCACGCUCCGUCACAAAACGCCUCACAUCCUCCUCCAAGAAGCCCGAGUCCAUCGACCCGCAAAAGUCCGAGGCUGAGAUGGCCAAGGAGGACAAGCUGCAACUCAGCUUCAGACCGGCGACCCGCAUCGACGUGCUUGCGCGAUACCUUGAGGCCGAAUGCCACCGCGUUGACUCGAAAUUGUUUCCCAAAUACACGUCGUCGCCCACGGAAGUUGAGUGUCUAGAGGCUAUUGGCUGGUCCCCUGCUUUGACGCGUGGGCAAAAGAACUGGGAGGAUGAGGCCUGGGAGGUGAGCGACGUCAAGGACGACUUGCGGGUCGUGAUGCACAAGGCGGCCAAGGAGUGGCGCAAGUGGUGCAAUCGGUACGAGAAGAACCCGGAGAAGAGCCUAAACAAGUGA